CUGUCGGCGCUGGAGGUUGCGAUAUCCCAUCUGCUCUGAAGAGGAGACGACGGCGAGUUCCGCCACUGACUAUUGGCGUACAAAAGCGGAGUAUCUGGUCGUCCCAGAGACGCCGAGUGGCGAUCCAGACUUCUUGGCUCUGUUAGAGAGAUCACGUCGGACCGGCGACCAAAUGCUCUACUAUUCGCAGUGCCGAGAGGAGGCGGAAGAGCUGGAGGAAAGGAUGAGUAAGUACCAGUUGAACAAGCAGAUGAACUGCUUGCGUCCGGUCGGCCGGUCCUUCGUGGCCGAGGCGGAGAAGACGUCUGCUCCCUCCUCGGAGGCGGUCUCUACCCAGGCGUCCGGCGUCACUCGACUCGCGACUGAAUGGAUCUCGACUCCGCCGCCUUCGGAGCCUGUUACCAUGCGGAGUCUGCUGGCGGUAGCGACAACAGAAGCUUCGGUUGACAUGACGCCCGAGCCAAUAGGGUCAGCAAGCCCGUCUAUGCUGCCUGGCUUUGCUAACGCCGCAAGACGGGAGACAGAUGUGGCUAAUCCUGUCGGCCAAACUAAAACCAGGCAAACACAGAAAGAGCACCCGCCAGUGGUCACUACGGUAACCAGUGUAGCGGUCAGAGCCAAAAAUGUGCGUCGCACCACGACACCCGGACCGUCGGAGGCAGUCGAUAGAGGCAACAUUACCGAGCCUCGGUUCGGUCAAGCCGAUGCCAUCUCAGACCUGUCGGCCAUCCGCCUCACCUACGGCAUCAUCAUGUUGGGCGCAUUCAACUUGCUCCUUUUGUCGGCCUUUUGUCUUCUCUUCGUCUGGAUCCACCGCCGCCUCAAGCGCCGUCGCAAGCCCGACGCCUCGAAAUUUCUGAAGCCGAGCCAGGCUUCGACAUCGGCGGCGAUGGCGACGACGACGGCGAAAUCGAAGGCGAUGGUGACAGUGGUGACGAACUCAUCUCCGCCGGCCCUGCCAGCUCGGCCGAAACGAUUGUCGUCAGCCGAAGCCGAGACGGCGGCGGCCGCC